CUCCGAGCGCGCCGAGCUCGGCCGCGGCGGCCCCCGAGUUUGUUUACUUGUGCUCCGCGUCUCGUCGCCGGUAUCGGCUCUCUGCCGGCGUAGCGGAUCGGUGGCGGUGCCGUGCUGGGGGUUUAUGUGCUGCUGGAAGUUAAAUUAAAGUCAUCCAGGUCACAUCAGGAACUGCCUCUGACGGGCUGCUUCAGCUGAGCACGUCUCACAGGAGCCUUUUUUACUCUGAAAACAUUGCUGCUAAAAAACUCCAAACAGAAGGAGUAAAUCCAGUCAUCUUGUCAGGCCACUGGCUCAGUGUAACGGUGCUUUCAUGAGGUGACAUCGGGCCAAAGUCAACUUUUCUUUCUCCUUUGUAAACCUGCAGCCAAGCAAUGGGCCAGAAAAUCUCAGGGAGCAUAAAGUCUGUGGAUGUGAGGGAGCCCCCUUAUAGACCCGUGAAACGAGAGCUGAGAGGCCCGGAUUUUUGCAAGCCCGCGCGCCUGGACAUGCUGUUGGAUAUGCCCCCCGCCAAGCUGGAGGUCCAGUACAAACACGCCUGGAAUAACGAAGAUCGCUCGUUAAAUAUAUUUGUAAAGGAAGACGAUAAGCUGACUUUUCACAGGCACCCGGUGGCCCAAAGCACAGAUUGCAUCCGGGGCAAGGUGGGCUACACGCGGGGCCUGCACGUGUGGCAGAUCCACUGGCCCACGAGGCAGCGGGGGACUCACGCCGUGGUGGGCGUCUCCACGGCCGACGCGCCGCUGCACUCCGUGGGAUACACGUCCUUGGUUGGUAGCAACAGUGAAUCCUGGGGCUGGGAUCUGGGGCGCAACAAACUCUACCACAACUGUAAAAACCAGCCUGGGGUCACGUACCCCGUCUUUUUGGAACCAGAUGAGUCUUUCGUACUCCCAGACUCCUUACUGGUGGUUUUGGAUAUGGAUGAAGGGACGCUUAGCUUCAUGGUCGAUGGACAGUAUCUUGGAGUGGCCUUCAGGGGACUAAAAGGGAAAAAACUUUACCCCAUAGUCAGUGCAGUUUGGGGGCACUGUGAAAUUACGAUGAGAUACAUCAACGGACUUGACCCGGAACCCCUGCCUUUAAUGGACUUGUGCCGAAGAUCAAUUCGUUUUGCUCUUGGCAGAGACCGCCUGCAUGACAUAGAAAUUCUACCUUUGCCUCUGUCUCUGAAAAAUUAUUUACAGUACCAAUAAGACAUCUAGAACCCUCUAGCCUCACAUUGGACUUCAGCAAUGCAAAUGGCAGAAAAUUGUUUACAGCAAAAUAUAAAUCUUUGUGAUGGACACUUAAGUGUUAUUUAAUUUUUAAUGUAUAUUUUUUUUUUCUGAACCAGUGAAAGCAGAUCACUGUGGGGGACUACUAAAGAAUGUGAAAACAUUACUUUGAUUGAGGUUCAUGUGUUACCUGUUGCCUGUUGUGUUUACAGUCCUGAAGGCUAUAAUUCUCAUCUCCCAUACGUUGAUUGGUUUAUCUCUGUUGCCUCUGGUAAAUGCCAAUAGAAAAUCUGACCUGCACGAUUCACUGUCAUGCAGACAGAGCAUUUUUCAAUAUUAUGAUUUUCAUUUUUCUUUCUCUCUCCUACACUUUACUCCAAUAAAUAAAAAUAAAUUAGCAAAGGAAAAGUCUUGACAGUAACUUCUGAAAAAUAUUUAAACCUUGGUAUGCAGAGUUGUUGAGAGUUCUGUGCGUUCAGUGCUCAACAUAAUUAGGCCUAUAAUAUCUAAAAGCUCUAAUGUUUAAAAAAAGAUUAUUGUCUAGAAGUAGAGAAUGUGGUUUAAAAACAUGAGAAGAAACAAAUGGUUUAUGUGUCAGAUCAGUUUCUGGACUUGGUAACAGUAAGGUGCAGUUCGUUGUUUUCAAGACCAAAUCUAGUCCCUCCAAAGUUCUGCAGUUUAUAACAAAGUGCUCAUUGUCCCAAGAAUUUAGGAUAUUCAUAAUUUAGGAAGCUUGUCACUUUCUUCCUUUUUUUUUUUUUUAAACAAAUUUAUAAUUUUUAUGUGGUAUGAACUCUAAGUACUUUGUUUUCUUUUUAAUGUAUGUGUGGUUAUAAUGUUUAUUUAUCUGUUAGCGUCUGGAGUUCUCAUUUAACUGUUUCCCAUCUUGGGGUGACUGAUUCUGAUUUUUUUCCCAACUCCACUGAAAUGUAUCAGUUUUUCAGGCUCAUCCCUUUUUUUUUUAAGAUGCUGCUUUCUGUUUGCGUUUCUUACAUGUUUCAAGUUAUCUGCCUGAAUCAGUUAUCUAGUUUUUAAACUGGAAGUUGUUGUUACGGCAGAAUGUCAAAUGUUUAGACUGAGCUGCCUUCAGCAUAUUUUAAUGUGAAUUUACUGAUGAAUGAGGAGAAAAUUUCUAAUAAAGUCUACUGUCCAAAGUAAAA